UCUGCGUCUUCAGCACAAGUAGCAUCCGCAUUAACAAAUACGUUGUAUCGAACACCUUGUUCAAAAACAGAAUCAUGUCCAAUGGAUAGAAAUUCAGUUUACCCUCCUAGCCUGUUACACUCAAACUCAACUGAUUCACGUUCACUAUCAAUACCUGGAUCACUUUCAAGGUUUUUACAUGAAAAGACACACACAUUGCGGAGUAAAACUUCAGACGAUUCAGCUUAUUCUUCACCUCAUCACCAGCAUGUUAAACCAUUCAAUCAUCAUGAAUUGAACGAUAAUAAUGAAAGUAUACGUAGGAAAAAACUAUCAUUUUCCCCCACACAUUCAAACUCUAGGAAUUCAGAAUCAAGCCAUCAUUCUAAUUAUGAGAAGCAAAUGUUUAAUUAUCAUAAUUAUCAAGCUGAAUUAACUUAUCACUUACAGAAGCAUUUUUCACUUCAAUCAAAUCAAUUAAACAUUUAUCAGAAUAUUCCAAAUUGGUUACAAACAGAUAUUCAUGCAUGUAAUGAUAAUACACGCAUACCUGUAACUUCAGAUUAUCCACAAGUAAAUCGACAAGUUUGUCAACCAUCAACAUCAUCAUUAUCAUUUCCAAAUGCUCCACAUAGCGAUUAUAAUGGAUACCAGCAACACGAAAGACAUAAUCAUUAUCCGUUAUACUAUGAACCAAAUAGUAGUGUACAUAAUAACAUAUCACUGAAUCCUUCCGAUGUAAGUGUAAAGUAUUUUCCUCCAGUAAACGACCAUCAUUCUAAUCCACUUAUAACUUCUUUAGGCAACAGUAAUAAUCAUGAUAAUCAGGAUGUAUACUAUAUGCCACCAUUGUAUAGACAACAACAACGUCGAGGACAGCAGUCACAUUUCAUUCAUUCGUCAGAAAGUAAUCCAAAACCAGUCUUAACCUCUUCAACACAAAGUUCAAAUGGAAAAAUCUUAUGGAAUACACCAUACAUAUCACCACCAUCAUCUAAUAGUGAAAUUCAACAAAAUUUACAUUCGAAUAAAAUUUUUCCAUUGAUGGAACAACAACAUCAGAAUUAUGGAUCAAAUCAUCAAAUUGACAAGCUCACUUUCGUUUCUGAAUCGGAAUUAUUAGACAGGAAUCGUUUCUUAUCUCGACUUGACAUUGAUCAAAAUUCUUAAAAAAAAUCUUUUACAUUCUUGCUGUAACAAUUGGAGAAAAAGAAGACUAAUUAGUAGAAAGAAUUCUAUUAUUAUACGAAAAAUAUUCAUCCACCAUCGAAGGAAAAGUAAGCAAAAACAGAAGAAGAUAAUUUUAAAAGGAG